GUGGUAUUCAAAUCCUUAGCACAGUGCUGACGGCCCCCAAAGAACCAAUGGAGUGAGGUCGAGUUUGUUUGUUUCCCCCCCCCCCCAACAUUCUAGCUGCUGUCACUACAUUUGCUGGGGCAUUCUUGACGAUAUUUUACUUGUCCUUUCAUGCUGUUCUUUUUGUUGUUCCCCGGUUUCUCUCUGAGAUCAAGUUCCAGAUGGCUCAGCAGUGCUUCCAAAAUGAAUAUUUUGACAAUUUGCUGCAUGCUUGCAAAUCUUGUCACCUUCGAUGUUCCAGUACUCCUCCUCUACCAUGUCAGCGUUAUUGUAAUGCAAGUAUGAACAAUUCGGUGAAAGGAACAAAUGCCAUUCUCUGGACCUGUUUGGGCCUGAGCUUGAUGAUUUCUUUGGCAGUGUUUGUGCUGAUGUUCUUGCUCAGGAAGAUGAGCUCUGAACCACUGAAGGAUGAAUUAAAAAACACAGGCUCUGUCCUGCUGGACGUGGCUAAUGCUGACCUGGACAAAAGCAGGACUGGCCACAGCACGGUCCUUCCAAGAAGCCUGGGGUACACGGUAGAAGAAUGCACCUGCCCAGACUGUGUCAAGAGCAAGCCCAAGGUUGAUUCUGACCCCUUCUUUCCGCUCCCAGCCAUGGAGGAGGGUGCUACCAUUCUUGUCACCACCAAAACCAAUGACUAUUGCAAGAGCCUGCCAGUUGCUUCAGGUGCCACUGGGACAGAGAGGUCGACUUCUACUAGUAACUAACCCUUCGACUGAUGUGGAGCUGCUCUGAAAAUUGUUUGUCAGAAGAUGAUGCUUCGGAUCCCUUUGGGGUGACUGUCAGUGGCUGAUACGUCGCUUUCUGUCCGCUAGUUCUGGAAGUGGUUACAUGCAUUUCCCUAACUCACUGUUAGGAGCUCAUCUGUGGAAACUUCCUUGGUUUCAUGAUUAAAUUCUUA